AUGGCCGACCUCGAACCCCUCGACCCACAAUUCGUGCAAACCGUUCUGUCGAAUCCUCCAUUCGUUUCUGUCCCCGGCGUUCACAAUGUUCGCGACUUAGGCUCAUAUCCUGCACAUAUCUCUUUUUCAAGACGCACGAAUGAAGAGAGUGGGAUAGAAGGUGACCGAAAUGAGAAUGCAAGCCUUGUUACGCGUCCGGGGUAUAUGUUUCGUUCGGCGGAGGUAUCGGGGAUAACAGAGGAAGGGGAAGCACAACUUCUCGACCUCGGGAUUAGCACCAUCUUCGACCUACGCUCAGAAACGGAGAUGAAAAAGUACAACACUCCACUACCUGCACUGAUCCACUGUCACGAAAAAGUUGCGAUCGUGAAGAGCCCGGUGUUCGAGCAAAAGGAUUAUAGUCCAGAGAUGAUGGCGAGACGGUUUCAGCUCUAUGCCAGCGGAAAAGUGGAGGCGUUCAUGCAGCUCUAUACAGAGAUCCUGGAGGCAGGGGGUCCUGCGUACGGCAGUAUUCUGCGACAUGUGAGGGAUAAGCCACAAGAAGGUUUCAUUUUCCAUUGUACAGCCGGCAAAGACCGAACAGGCAUUAUGGCUGCCAUCCUCCUACUGCUUGCAGGGGUAUCUCGAGAAGUAAUAGCAACAGAUUAUUCAUUAACAAGGAUAGGCCGCGAACCCCAACGACCACAAGUACUCUCAAGGUUGUCCAAAGAGCCGAUAUUCGCCUCAAAUCAGGAAGCAGCGUUAAACAUGCUGACUUCAAGGUCCACCAUGAUUGCUUUUCUCGAGAUGUUCGAAGAGCAGUACGGCGGAGCCGAGAAUUAUGCCAAGAAUUUCUGCCAUUUAUCCGACGGCGACCUCGACGUGAUCAAGUCCCAUCUGGUCGUCGAACGACCGAUAUCCUUGACCAGCUCGAACCUCUAG